AAGACUUUCAACUGUUGCCCGGAAACCAGCCACCGCUUUUCCGCAACGAACGCGAGCGCGCUGCCUGUUGAGAGGCAGGUCGCCGGUCCCACUGAGCUGCACUCUUGCACGACUUGACUUGCACAGGUCUCUUGUCUCACGCCGGCUUGUUCUCAACCCUUCGUUCCUGAGGUGCCCUCAUUCACGGUCCUAAAGUCUUUUCCAAGCCAACGGGAAACCAACUGCACGUCACCCAAUACACGAUCCCUCUUUUCUCGAUCGUGCAUCCUUUUGGCCUUCUACCACCACCAGCCUGUCUUUCUGACCUCCACCGUUUGUCCCAUACUAGCACCUACAGCCCAGGCUACAUACAUCUCAAGCUGCCGUGUACCUGACCUUCACCGAAGCGGGGACCCCAUACCUCUACCCUACUUAGCUUGGUUCCUUCCAAGCAGCACGGGGAGAGAGAAAAAAAAUAAACCCUUGGAUUCAGGUCCGGUCGUGGUGCCUUGCAGAUUCAUCCUGCAGCAUUGGUUCACCUAGUGAGACAAGGGGAAAAAAAAAACAAGGGACAGAAUCCAAAGGGACGAAAGGUCGAGCCUUGUGCCUGGCCCCUUGCCUGUUUCUGUUUAGGUCCAGUCCGCCUGCUUUCUUGCUUUUGCAUCUGGCAGAAACCUGAACACACAGUCUUCUGCGUCCCCUCCACCAACCAACCCACUGCGGUGCCUGCCAAUCCAUACCUACCUACAUUCUCAUACAUACACCUCUUCAACUUGUUGCGCAUCCCGCAUUCCUCAGCUACUUACGCGCCCAAACAAGCACACCAAGAGACGAGACGAAACGGAUACCGACAAUUCAAGACAAGGAAACACGUGGGGAAAAAACGAAGACUUCUGGACUGCUUCGCGCAUUCCAAGGACCCCAUCCUACCGACUACCUACGACUUGUACCUCGCCCAGCAAGUGAGGUAGACCGCCUUCCAUUCCAGCAAGCGAGACAUCGUUUUACGGCGCAACCCUUCUCCAAGUCGACAACGACGAAUUCGAAAAGAAUCCAAACGACGUAUUAGCCUUGAGGGCAAUCUUGUCACUGUCGGCCAUCGCGCAAAACGUCCCCAACCGUCCCUCUGGCGCAAACCUCGCGGAGGGCGGGUGUGGGUACCAGGCGCGGUAUCUAAUAACGAAAGGGAAGAAGGGAUUAGGGAAAAAAAAAGUUAAACAAGGAAGCAACAUACAUACAACAAGAUGGCUAGCGGGUUCCAAUUAGGGUGGUACCGGUGGCUACCGUUCCUGGGAUAUCACCACGUCUUGAUGAUUCUCAUCAUGAUCACAAUUAUUCUACUAUCCCUCCUCCUAGCAGGCUGCUCGUCCUCAUCACCCGUCAUCCCCGAUAUCUUUCUGUUGUCGCUCUACUACGAAAACUACCAAGCCAUCCCCGACACUUCGCAGGUGCACUACGACGUCACCACCGCCAUCGCCAACAUUGUGGAUGGCGCCCGUCUCCAGGCGCGCGUUGGUUUCUUCGGCAUCUGCGUUAAUCCCGAUGGCGGGUCGUGGUUGUGCAGCAACAAUGCGACAACGCUAGCGAACGAGAUCUCGGUUGAUCAGGAUCCUUUGAACCUGGUCUGGCUGGCUGCGCAGUUCAAGGAUAUGAUUGUCUUUCCAUACUUGAUCAUUAUCGCAAUCAUCUUCGCCUUUGUUUGCCUCCUCCUCCUCGCCACCUUCCCCGGCUGGCACGAAGAGGAAGACUCGGAGGGUUCCGAGCGCGAGGUCAAACCUUUUCCUUCGCGGCCCGUCAGCCAGGUCGCCCUCGUCAUCAUAUUUAUCGCGACCAUUUUUGUCUUGGUCUCGGUGCUGUGGCAGCAUACGGCAUCGGUGGCAGCAUCCGUCAUAGCUCAGGACUUUGGCAACGGGAGCGUCAUGGCCGGCGUGGGCAGCUCGGCCAUGGUUUUGGGCUGGUUCAGCUUCACGCUGUUGAUCAUCGUCACGAUCGGUUUGCUGGUCAUGAUAUUGAGUAUGAGAGUCUUGAGCGAGCUCAUGGCCUAAAGACCGGUAGAUUAUCGGGUUUGAAGGGGGUUUGUUGUUGGACAAAAGGGGGAGGCGCAUUUCAUCUCAUCGCACUAUAUGGGAGGCUGGGCAAAGGCGCUGAUAGAGAUCUUGUUUUUUUUUUCUCGUUAUGAUGUUAUUUUCUUGAUUUCUUGCUUUCGCUUAUGACGAUACCUACAACCCACCACCACUGCAGCUCACACACACGCUCAGCCACACAUAAACACCACACAACGACACAGAAAAACAACAAUCAACCUAACGGACAUAAAACGACCCGAGACGAAAGAAAGAACGAUGGAAUGGGAUCCAUGGAAUGGAUGGGAUUAUGGAAGGAUGAAUGGAUGAAUGGAUGGGAUGAACAUGAAGAAGAGACGAGAGGGUAAAGGUAUAUAACCGAACGACCGUCUAUCAAACGACAAACAAGUGAUCAAGGAAGGGAGGGAGGGGACGAGCAUGGAUUGGGACUGACCGGUUUACGAAACCAACAUGAAUGUGCUAUUCCAUUCAUCUGGCUGUCCAACCUUAUAUGACUGGGGUGGAUUCUUCUUAUUCAUGGUUUCAGGAUACCUGGAAUGACGGAAUUACCUCUAGGCUCUGGGUUGUUCAUAUCACAUGUAUGAUGUAAGAAGGAAAGGAAGGACAGGAAAGGAAGGAAAUUGGCGGAUAUUUGGCUUUUAUGUUUGUUGUUUUGAAAGAAUGGUCUUUUUUUGCAAUAUGAGGUUGUUAAGGAUACCUAGGUAGUGAAACGUGAAAAAAUUCCGACGAGGAUUUGGUUGGUAUCACUUCACGUUUUUCAACUCAUGAGACGGUAUGAUGAUGUUUGAUCUAGU